CUCCGCUGCUCUACCCGCGCGGCUGCUGCCGCCGCCGCCGCUGUCCUCCUAGCAGCGCGGACGGGUCGGACCGCCUAGGCAGCCGGCGCCUGGCGAUGAGAAGCCGCGCGGCCGCGGACCCAGGGACUGGCAAAGUUUCCCAGACGUGCGGAUUGGGGUGCACGGCUGCCGGGCACUCGUGACCUCUCUGCGAAAGGUUCAGGGAUUUUUAAUUUGGAAAAAAAUUCACCUCAUUUGCUUCGUCAACCUCUCUGUCCGGGUGGUCCGCGGCAGGAGCUGCAAACUUGGGCGCAGCGGCUCCACAGCCAGAGACCAGGGUUUUGGAGAACCUCAGGUCUCAGGUGCUGGGGCGCCCAGCAGCUCCGGGAGUGCUACUGAGUGUGAGCGCGGGGGAGUCCGGGGCGCGAGGCAAGGAGGGGCCCCCGGGAGCUAUAUAUGGAGGAGGGAGCCCAGAAUGGUGUGCACCAGGAAGACCAAAACUUUGGUGUCCACUUGCGUGAUCCUGAGCGGCAUGACUAACAUUAUAUGCCUGCUCUACGUGGGCUGGGUCACCAACUACAUCGCCAGCGUGUAUGUGCGGGGGCAGGAGCCGGCGCCCGACAAGAAACUGGAGGAAGACAAAGGGGACACUCUGAAGAUUAUUGAGCGACUGGACCACCUGGAGAAUGUCAUCAAACAGCACAUCCAAGAGGCUCCUCCCAGGCCUGAGGAGGCAGAGGCUGAGCCCUUCACAGACUCCUCUCUGUUUGCACACUGGGGCCAGGAGCUCAGCCCCGAAGGCCGGCGUGUGGCUCUGAAGCAGUUCCAGUACUACGGCUACAACGCCUACCUCAGUGACCGCCUGCCCCUCGACCGGCCCCUGCCUGACCUCAGACCCAGUGGGUGCCGCAACCUCUCGUUCCCCGACAGCCUGCCGGAGGUGAGCAUCGUGUUCAUCUUCGUCAAUGAAGCCCUCUCGGUGCUGCUGCGCUCCAUCCACUCGGCCAUCGAGCGCACGCCCCCACACCUGCUCAAGGAGAUCAUCCUGGUGGACGACAACAGCAGUAACGAGGAACUGAAGGAGAAGCUGACGGCAUACGUGGACAAAGUGAAUGGCCAGAAGCCGGGCUUCAUCAAAGUCGUGCGCCACAGCAAGCAAGAGGGCCUCAUCCGUGCCAGGGUCAGCGGCUGGCGGGCGGCCACUGCCCCUGUGGUGGCGCUUUUUGAUGCUCAUGUGGAGUUCAAUGUAGGCUGGGCUGAACCUGUACUCACCCGCAUAAAGGAGAACCGGAAACGGAUCAUCUCACCCUCCUUUGAUAACAUCAAAUAUGAUAACUUUGAGAUAGAAGAGUACCCAUUGGCUGCGCAGGGCUUUGACUGGGAGCUGUGGUGUCGCUACCUAAAUCCCCCCAAGUCCUGGUGGAAGCUGGAGAACUCAACAGCCCCCAUCAGGAGCCCUGCCCUCAUUGGCUGCUUCAUUGUGGACCGGCAGUACUUCCAGGAGAUUGGCCUGCUGGACGAGGGCAUGGAGGUCUACGGGGGUGAGAAUGUCGAGCUCGGGAUCAGGGUGUGGCAGUGUGGCGGGAGCGUGGAGGUCCUGCCCUGCUCGAGGAUUGCCCACAUUGAGCGAGCCCACAAGCCCUACACAGAGGACCUCACUGCCCAUGUCCGCAGGAACGCCCUCCGGGUGGCUGAAGUCUGGAUGGAUGAAUUUAAAAGCCAUGUCUACAUGGCAUGGAACUUACCCCAAGAGGACUCAGGAGUUGACAUCGGGGACAUCACGGCAAGAAAGGCUCUGAGGAAACAGUUGCAGUGCAAGACCUUCCGGUGGUACCUGGUCAGCGUGUACCCGGAGAUGAGGAUGUACUCCGACAUCAUCGCCUACGGUGUGCUGCAGAAUUCCCUGAAGACAGAUUUGUGUCUUGAUCAGGGGCCAGAUACGGAGAAUGUUCCCAUCAUGUACAUCUGCCAUGGGAUGACGCCCCAGAAUGUGUACUACACGAGCAGCCAGCAGAUCCACGUGGGCAUCCUGAGCCCCACAGUCGAUGACGAUGACAACCGCUGCCUGGUGGACGUCAACAGCCGGCCACGGCUGAUGGAAUGCAGUUACGCCAAAGCCAAGAGGAUGAAGCUUCAUUGGCAGUUCUCUCAGGGAGGCCCCAUCCAGAACCGCAAGUCCAAGCGCUGCCUGGAGCUGCAGGAGAACAGUGACCUGGAGUUCGGCUUCCAGCUGGUGUUGCAGAAGUGCUCGGGCCAGCACUGGAGCAUCACCAACGUCCUGAGGAGCCUGGCGUCCUGACCCCCGGCGUCACCCCUGAUGCCCCUUUGCUACUGUGUAGCACCCGCUGCAACGCUGCCUGCUGUCUGUGGGGUUGUUUGGAGUCUGGGGGAGCCAGCUUAGUGGGCCCCCAACAAGAGCUUUUUAUUUCCUAUUCAAUUUUCAUGGAGUUUAUAGCAAGAUGCUGAAUGGUAGGUGAGGGUAUAAUUAUCAUAAACUAUUUUACAGCUGUAAAUAGGGGACAAAUGGAAAAUAUUUAUAACUGACAAUAAAAUAUGAUUGAUUAAGAAAAAGG